GCCCGUCGCGUCAGGAUGUAGGCGAGGAGGUGUCGACGAGGGCACGCCUCGCCUCUACCGGGACGUUUUUGCGGGCCGCACUUUCCGCGUGGGUUUGUGCGGAGACGAGGACACGCGGCCGAGUUUAACCCAUGCGCUGAAACCUCUGUGCGGGUCCGCGGGAACAGCGCGGAGCCGUGAGGAGAAGCCAGGCUGGAGGCUGCGAUUUGCACGCGCGGUAGCGACGACGGACGUUGUGGUGCUCUACAAGCGAGUGACUCAGGCGAGGGUCAACGGCGACGGCAUGGCUGCCACCGGCCUGUCCGAAGACGUCCGAGAGCCGCCGGACAGGCGCCUCAUCGAACGAGAGGGCAGUCCGGAGGCGCCGUACCCGCCGGCCGAGCCCGGUUUCGUCACGCCGUCUAUGCCAGGCGGCAGCGGUCCGGGCGGCAAGCGUGUUCGCUGCAUGGACAUGAACUUGUACGCCACCAAGAAGAGCAUCGCCCAGGGCAUGAUGGACAUCGCAUUGCUCACAGCCAACGCGUCGCAGCUCAAGCACCUGCUGCACGAGGGACCCGAGGCGAACCGCUUCUAUGGUCUCACUGUGGCCUGCGUAGCGCUCUCCAUAGGGCUUCAGGUCAUGGUGGGAAUACUCUUGAUAUUCAACGGCCGAUACAACAUCAACAAGACGCACCAGCAGCGGAGAGCAGAACUGUUCAACAAUGUCAUUAUCAUCGGGGUCUUCCUCAUAACGGUCAUCAACAUAUUCGUCUCUGCUUUCAGUGGUCCAGAUUCUCCCAGAUGGACUGAACGGUCACGACUACCGUGACAACAUGUAUUAGCUGCAUUCACUUGCCAUCUUCAUGUAACAUUGUCAUCGAUUGUUUUUUUUCUUUUAUUGAUUUCUAUUGAUACAGCAGAGCCUUCAUACCACUACUAUUAACUUAUAUAUGUGUUUUCACGUCUGAAGAGCAGGAGCUGGUCUGCUUUCAGUAACCUGCGACUAGUCGUGUCUCCAACAUCAAGGAACUUCUAUAUGCAAUAAAACAGUAUUGGCCACCUCUG